AUGACUCCGCUAGAGACAGCGGCGAUCCACGUAACGCCCGGAAGCCUAAGACCGAGCCCCAUCAUAUUUUACAACGAGCCGCACGGCAACGGAAUGACCACCUACCACAAUCAGCACGGUCAUGGGCCCGGAGCCGGAGGCUUACAUCCGUCCGCAGAAGUCCACGGAGCUCAUCCGACCAGUCAUUUUCUUGGGAGUCAAAUAGUUGUAGGCGUCAGCCCCUCGGCUAACGGCUCCGGCCGCGUGACCGCCGGCAGCGCCACCAGCGGCGUCGGCAAGAAGCACGGCAAGAAGCACGGAGGCAAGCGCCUCUCGAACCGCAUCAUCGAGGCAAGCCUGUGCGUGUUUCUGAGCCUGUGCGUCUCCCUGGCGGGCCUCUUCUUGGGCCUCCUUUACCAGCCGCUGCUUCUCAUCGUGUUCGCUUGUGGGCUUGUGGCGCUGCUAGCCUACCUCUGCUACGGUUUCGUCCACUACAAGCGUUCCUGGCGGAGACGCAACUCGGGUCUGGCGUCCUACUGGGCGGGACACCGCAAGAUCUCGGUGGUCUCCGUCGACCGCAUGCCCACCAUCAACGAGGUGCUCAUCGAGGACAACGUCUCCAUCACCAAGGGUCUCCCCGAGGAGACCUGGAGCGGCAAGACGUUCGUCGUGCAGAACGGGACCGCGUCUCCCGAAAGCUGAAAGCAGAGAGCGGCAGUGCGACUGGGCCCGUCAUCGAAUCCGUGCUGAUGGGUUCACGUGUGACUUCGCGCCGAACGCCAUGAUGGCUGUUUCUGCGCGGCGCGAUAAAAUCGGGUCGCGUUCCCAUGACAACAGGCGCUUUAGCAAAUGACACGUAUAAUAUCAGAGAGAGGUGGUGCACGGCUUUCGUAAACACCUGUCGCGAAGUUGUACAAAAAAAACCAUGGCUCAAAAACGGUACGCCUACUGGCCCAGCUCAUUGGGUCUUACAGAUCUUUGCACCACCUGCUGGCAAAAAAAAAAGUCAAUUAAGCCGUGCUUACGCGUGACGCUUGAAGAUCUAGUCAUUUCCUGCUGAUAUGGGGAGUACGUGUCUGCUAUAUACAGGAAAUUUGCCGCAGUAGGAGAAUGCAACUUGAAAUGGGGUUUCGAUGCUUGCACAGUUGCCAAGUGUGGGUGGUAUGUGGCGAUCCAACAUACGACUGUAAGAACGUGUUUGAUGUUUCGAACUAGUUGAUAACAGUGUUUCGAAACAUCCAUAAAACCUAGACUUGCUCACUUUAAUGUAGGAAUAUGGAACCUUAAGGCACAGGCCGCAGCUUAAAACUGAAUGCCUAGCACCUGCUGUCAUUUUACCAGGGAGAUAAGACAAUGAGAGGUGUGGACAUCUUGGGUAUAAACUCUUGAUUUUUUUUUAGAGUUUGAAGUGUCUGCAUGUUAAAUAAGAUCAAAUGUGUCACAAUUGUUUUUUUCUAUGUGAGCAAACGUGAUAAUCAGAGAAAGCUAUGCUAUCAUAAGUAGCCAGGUGUGUUGGCUUAUUCUUUCUUAUACGUAAUAAAACACAAGCCAUCAUUCAUUAAACAGGUUUAUUAAUUUCUCGGCACACAAUACACAUUAUUCAAAAUAACGCACAUAAAAGUAUCGCGACACAGUAUAAGAUACACAACAAUCUUAGCACGGCAAGUGUAAAGAUAGUAGGAACCCAUGAUGAUAGGAAAACAGGAAACAAAAAAGUUCAGUUCAGUUGCAAAUGUAUGAUCAAAAUGCUGAAGAA